UCUGCACGCAACAAGGAAGCUGUGAACACUCAGAAGAAACGAAAGUGAAAUAAAGUUGUUGUCCGAUAGCCUUGUAGGCUAGUACUUGUUAGCAAGUAGGGAAAAUGGCAGAGGCGAUUUCAAGUAACGAAGACCUUUUAAUGUGCUCGAUUUGUUUGGAUCUACUGAAAGAUCCAGUGACUCUUCACUGUGGACACAAUUACUGCACGAGCUGUAUUAAGGGCUGCUGGGACCAGGAAGACCAGAAGGGAGUUUACAGCUGCCCACAAUGCAGACAGACAUUCGCUCCAAGACCCGUUUUAAACAAGAAUAAUGUUUUUGCAGAGCUUGUGGAACAACUAAGGAAGACCAGAAUACACGCUGCCCCUCCUGUUCUAUCUACUGCUGGACCUGGAGAUGUGGAGUGUGAUGUCUGCACUGGGAGAAAACUCAAAGCGGUGAAGUCUUGUCUGGACUGUCUGUCGUCUUACUGUGGAACUCACCUCAAAACUCACAAUGAACUUCAUCCAGGAAGAAAACACUCAGUGAUUGAUGCCACAGGCCAGCUACAGGAGAGGAUCUGCUCUGAACAUCAGAAAGGUUUAGAAAUAUUUUGUCGUACUGAUCAGAUUUGUAUCUGUUAUCUGUGUACGAUGGAUGAACAUAAAGGCCACGACACAGUCACAGCUGCUGCAGAAUGGAAGAACAAACAGGAGCAGUUGGGGCAGACCCAGAGGAGAUUCCAGCAGAGAAUCCAGGAGAGAGAGAAGGAGCUGCAGCAGCUGAGGAAGGCUGUGGAGACUCUCAAGAGCUCUGCACAGACAGCAGUGGAGGACAGUGAGAGGAUCUUCACUGAGAUGAUCCGCUCCAUUGAGAGAAGGCGCUCUGAGGUGACAGAGCUGAUCAGAGCUCAGGAGAAGGCUGAGGUGAGUCGGGCUGAAGGACUCCUGAAGAGACUGGAGCAGGAGAUUGCUGAGCUGAAGAGGAGAGAUGCUGAACUGAAGCAGCUUUCACACACAAAGGAUCACAUCCAUUUCCUCAAGAAUAUUCCAUCAUUCAGAGACUAUCCUCGCUCUAAAGACUUACCCAGCAUGACCUUCAACCAAAGUGUGUCUUUUGAGGCUGUGAAGGAAUCUGUCUCUGCAGUGAAGGUGCAGCUGGAGGAGAAACUGGAAGGCAUCUACAAGCAGGAAGUGGCCAAGAUAUCUGCAGCAGUGGCUCAUAUUGAGAUCAUCCAGUCUUUAGAAUAUACUGAUCCUGAUCUCCCAAUCAGAAGAACAAACAGUAAGGAGAGAAUGCCACCAAACAUGUCUGAUGUUUUUCCUGCACCAGUGACCAGAGAGGAGUUCCUGCAAUACUCCUGUCACUUCACACUGGAUCCAAACACAGCACACAGAAACCUCCAUCUGUCUGAGGGGAACAGGAGGGUGGAGAAGAGAGAUGAGCUCCAGUCAUAUCCUGAUCAUCCAGAGAGAUUUGAUGAGUCUUAUCAGGUGCUGUGUAGAGAGGGUUUGUCUGGACGCUGCUACUGGGAGGUGGAGUGGAGUGGGUGGGUUUCUAUAGCAGUGUCAUAUAAAAGCAUCAGCAGGAAAGGACAGGAUAAUGUGUGUGGGUUUGGUCGUAAUGAUCAGUCCUGGAUUCUGCUGCGCUCCAGCUCCAGCAGCUUCUAUUUCUAUCACAAUAGUCAAGAGACUAAACUCCCUCUAGUGGCCAGCUCCAGAAUAGGAGUGUAUGUGGAUCACAGGGCAGGAACUCUGACCUUCUACAGCAUCUCUGACACAAUGACCCUCCUGCACAGAGUCCAGACCACAUUCACUCACACACUCUACCCUGGGUUUAGAUUUUUUUCUAUUGGCUCAUCAGUGAAGCUGUUGUGACCCACACAGCAGGGCAGGGAUGCAAAGACUCCAGAUACAAAUAGAUGCUGUUAUCACACACACACACACACACACACACACACACACACACACACACACACACACAAACACACCCACACACACACACAUAAACACAUCCCAUCUCAUCAGCACACAUGUAAGGAUAUCAUACAGCAUCUGCACCUCUGGACCUCUGCUGGAACACAUCAGCACACCACACGUGCACUAUUGGGUGGGAAGUGUGUUGAUAUUUCAGUGUUUCACCCCCUCUGAUCCUCUCCCACAAUCCAUUUCCUCUCCCCCCUACACUCACUUUUUAAAUGAAAUAAUUCAAAUCACAGGUGGUUGUUCCUGUAGCAGUUAUUUCUGAAUAAACAUGUAAUAAAGCAUGAACUUGGUGAAAACUGAGAUUAUAUGACAGAGUGCCAUCAUGGUGCUCUUCUUCCAAAAAACAAAUAAACUGAAAUUCUUGUGUUCUUCCAAAUUGUGCAUUUAAUUGGCCAGGAUUUGAAACGCCUCACUUGCAAUAUUUAUUUUUAUCUUGUGAAGUGUUCUGAUGUCAGUUGUCAGUCUGUUUCCAGGUCACUUAUGGAA